GGCCCCCCGCCGGCCUUCCGGCGGCCCAGAAGCUUCCGCAGAGCGCGGCGCAGAGGUGGUGGUUAUGGAGCGUUACGGUCAGCCGCCUUUGAGCGCUGUUCCUGUGGCCGAGUUCAGGCAAAAUGAGGGUUCAUUAACAUCAACUUUAAGAACACUUCUAUUCUUCACAGCUCUAAUGAUUACAUUACCAGUUGGGCUAUAUUUUUCAUCAAAGGCUUAUGUAUUUGAAGGUACCUUAGGAAUGUCCGACAGAGACAGCUAUUUUUAUGCUGCCAUAGUUGCUGUAGUUACUGUUCAUGUGGUACUUGCUCUCUUUGUUUACGUAGCAUGGAAUGAGGGCUCUCGACAGUGGCGGGAAGGCAAACAGGACUAGUACGAAGAUCAUCUGAUGUCUACAGACUGUAAAUCACAUUGUUGUGACCUGAAGGAAAAGCAUUCUUCAAAAUGUAUGAUACUUAUGUACAAAGAUGAGGCUAAUGCCUCAACUCAGGUUAGAAUAACACUUGUGCUCUCCUGGAAUGAUGUUUUCUCUAAUGCUGAUGGAAGUUGUUCUUUAGCCAGCCUCGACUGAGAUGAGGAGGUCCUCACCUGCAAUUAGAAUGAAAUAAUUAUAUAUUUUUGAAAAAAAUCCUGUAGUUAUUUUUGCCAUUCCUAGUACUUUUCUGGCUUGCUCUGAAAAUAAUACUGGCAUGAAGUAAGCAUUACAUUUGUGGAGUAAUUAAAUUGCUAGUUUAAAAAGU